AUGGCAGCUUCAAGUAGAGGUGGCAAUGCCGCCGCCGCUUUAUUACGAAAAGGACAAUCACAAUCCAGCAUAUGCGCCAGCUGCAGGAAUGCUCAAUUCCGAUCGUACUCUGCCAACGCCGAAGCCGCCGCUGCAGCUGAAGCACACCAUCUUAAGCCGACGGAAUCACAACCACAUCCACCCUUCACAGCGUCCCGCAGGGCAGAAUAUCGCAUAAAAUCUGGCAUCAUCCUAACCCGGGCACCUCUACUAACCCGCGCCCUCACUCCUUUCGAGAACGCUUUCUACUUCUACCAGAAACGGUUGAACGAGCGAUUGGUGCUGCCUUUCCGGCACACUCUCUUCUUCAAGAAGGACACGGCCGCCGAUCUCGAUUGGCGAAUCAAAUUCGAAGAGCGGGGCCGGAUAGCGGCGAAGGAGCUAGGCAGAUACUAUGCCCAGGGUCGCAACGCGUGGAACGACGAGUUAUUAGUGGGAAGCACAUUGAGCAAUGAGGAGAGGAUACGAGAAAUCUUGCUCAAGGAUGCCGAAAACAGGGUAACGGAAGAUGGCGAGGAAGCAGACCCGGAUGAGGUCUUACCUGUCGAACAACCGAUGGCCAGGGUCACGGAGGCUGAUAAGACGAACGAUGUGAGGCGACUAGACCGCAAGCUGGACCGGAGUCUCUACUUGCUUGUUCAAAGUAGCGAUGGGAAAUGGCAGUUCCCGUCUGAGGAUGUGCCGACAGAUGAGCAUUUGCACGAGACCGCGGUAAGAGUCUUGGCGUCUGCGGCGGGUGUCAAUAUGAACACCUGGUUAGUAGGCCGCGUGCCUGUUGCCCAUCUAGUUACGCAGCCCGAGUUCAACGAGGACACGUCCCUCAAGCAGAGGGGCGAGAAGAUAUUCUUCCUAAAGGGAAGGAUCAUGGCCGGCCAGGCGGACCUAAAGGGCAACAAGCUGGGACUACAAGAUUUCAACUGGCUCACAAAGGAGGAGUUGAAAGAGAAGCUACCAGAGGAGUACUUCCACUCCGUAAGGAAUAUGAUGGCGGAUCGGUAG